AUGGACUCACCAUCUCUCCAGCACUCUAGCCUCCCUCAUCCUUCUCGCCUUCGAUCCUACACCUCAUCCUUCUCCGGCCACUCUGCUGUCGAUAGCCGUCGCGGUGCGAUCCAGAAACGACCCUCUUUCAGCGAUCGCAAUCGUUCCAUCUCGGUACCUCAAGCCGAUCGACUCUACCGCCUAGCUGCCGAGCAGACCAGCCAUCAGCCAGAAGUCCAACCCAACUGCAUCCCACCAACCUCUCUCGGCGUGCAGUGGAUCACCCCUCAACACUCACCCCAACUCUCCGGCUUCACCACUGAACCCGCGAUCGGACCCUUCCCUCAGUGGACUGCGCCGACCCCGCCUCGUUCAGACUCGGGUCUCCCGACCGUUUCGAUCGAUUCCGAAGAGCCUGCGGCGGAUGCCAUCCGCGGUGCGCACGAUUUCGACUUUGAGCAGCCUACAGUCUCGGCGGAGAUGAGGUAUGGACGAUUCGAUCUGUAUGACUAUUGCGCAACCAACUCACAACGCAGCAGCUCGCUAGGCUUCCUACUUCCAUCGCAGUACGGAGCUAGCCCAUACGAAUCUGAACAAGGCAGUAUGUUUGAGCGCGCUUCUCGACUCAUCGAGCCGUCGGCUAACGUUGCCGCAGACUACUCCAUGGAUCAAAAUUACAUUCCUCCCAUGCGCAUGUCGCAGCCAUCAUCAACGAGCGGGUCUCCAGCCUACUCACAGACAGUCUCCUCCAGCCCGGCGCUGUACCAGAGCAGAGCGUCGGAGGCUCCUCGCAGAGCUUCUGAGAUGCCUACUUCUGCCGCAGGACCGUACGACAACUACCGCCGGACAAGCACGCCUUACGAGAGCGGGAACUAUUCCAUGCCACCCAGCCAGACGAUUCCUUCCAUCAGCGGCCUCACACACAGUCCGCAUCCUUCCCCGCACAUGAGCUCGACUUCUCCAGCGCAGAUGAUGUCUCAGUACGGUACCAGUAUGCCUUCAAGGUUCGUCACUAUAGCUUAUCCAUCCUCCCACUCGCUUGGAUAGAACCAGAUCUGACUCUCAACACAGAUCGCCGAACAUGUACGACCAGAACAUGUAUGGUCAGCCCUAUAGCACAUCACCCGGCAACACACAAUUAUACGGCACUUCGGGACAAAGCAGCUAUCCGCCCCCUCCAUUCGUAGGAAGCAGCGCGAACGAUCUCCUCGCGAAACAACCCGGCGGAAGCAUAGAUGGCGGUAACUCUUCGAUACGCGUCCUCAACCAACGGCCCAAACCGCAGUGCUGGGAACACGGCUGCAACGGACGACAGUUCUCGACUUUCAGCAACCUCCUCCGACAUCAGAGGGAGAAGUCCGGUACGGCAUCCAAGUCGUAUUGUCCCAAAUGUGGAGCGGAAUUCACGAGGACGACUGCGCGGAACGGACAUCUGGCGCACGAUAAGUGUACGAAGCAGAGGCGGCCGAGUGACGCGAAAUGA